AUGGGCAUCACACUCCAUGCCAGUCGGAAACGGGAUGUGGACGCCGAGAAGCACCUGAAAAGAUUACAUAAAACGGUUCCCAUCAUCGAAUCUCCAUUAACCGGCGCUGAUCAUGAACACCUCGUCUUUUCGCAAAGACACGAGGCCAACACCGUGGAGCUCUUCUUUGAUCUCUUCUUCGUAGCAAACCUCGCAACAUUUACUACCUACCACUCUGUCACGGACUCGAAAUACCUCCUCGCCUACAUUGGCUUCUUCGGCAUCCUCUGGUCCUGCUGGUUCCAAGUAACACUGCACGAUGUGCGCUUCGCCCGAGAUUCCCUAUACGAGCGUGUCUGCAAGACAGUACAGUUCAUAGUCUUCGUCGGAUUGGCUCUAGUCGGCUCCAAUUUCAAUCCCGGAACUUCUAAGGGGAGCAAUACUAACUUUCGCAUAUUGUGCUACACCUUGGUCAUAAGCAGAGCGUUACUCGCUGUGCAAUAUGUUGUCGUUCUGUUCUAUACCGCUCGCGCGCGCUACUCCAAACUGUUCCUUCCUCUCGGUCUAAUGAUACUCAUCUAUUGCGUCUGCGCGGCCAUUUUUGGAGCCAUGACCCCGGCGUUCCGGAAAGAGGAGGAAGGACACCCGCGCAUCUACGUGGUUUGGUAUAUCGUAAUGCUGUUUGAGUCGAUCGCUGUGAUUGCAAUUUCGUGUAACUGGAGAAUGUUGAGUUUCAAGAAGACCCACCUGAUGGAACGCAUGAGCCUCCUGACGCUCAUUGUGAUUGGAGAAGGUGCUAUUGGAGUGACCAAGACCGUCUCCAGGCUCAUGGGCAAAGACGGCUUAGAUGUAGAGGGGUGCUUGUCUGUCAUGUGUAUCAUUGCUCUCCUGGUUCUGCUGUGGGCCCUCUAUUUCGACAACUUCCCCCAUGGACACUACGGCACAAUCCGACAGCAGAUUUGGUCGCUCCUCCAUUUUCCUUUCCAGCUAGCCAUCGUGGGUGUGGUGGAAGGAGCUCAGCAAGUAUCGCUCGCGCGAUACGUCUUGAAGCACUACGAAAACCUCGAGAGAGCAUACGAGCUCCACUGCCUUGUGGAACAUCUGGACGGCGCUGCUUUACGAGACACUUUCAUGGCUAUCACGGAAUCCUUCAAAUUUGAAUACAAACUAGAGACCGUUGGCGUCACCGCGAGGGCAGCAAUGGCCAUCUAUGCGGCAGGCAAUGCCACCGGCAUAUGUUCGCCGGAGAAUGCCCAGUUCUAUAUCGAAAAUCCGGACGAGCCCCCGGUAGAAUUUGUCGAGUGGGUGUAUUGGGUCACUACCGGUUUGUAUGCAGGAUUGGGUAUCAAGAUUCCCAUGGACAAGCUGAAAACCACACCCGCGGCCGUGAUCGCGAUCCACAGCUUCAAAGUCGUAUACGCAUACUACUGGUCCAGCUUCUGCAUCCUCAUGGCAUGCUCGAUUGCCUUUUUGUUCCUUAUCCGCCGCCACAAGGUCGACCUGUUCGACUUCGUAUCCGUCAUCGCACGACUGCUGGCUCUGGCAAUCGGUGCCAUUCUCCUCAUUAUCAUGGUCAGCGAAACCGCACUGUACAGCUUCAUCGCCUCCCCCGGCGUACUACCGACUUGCCUCGCUCUCCUCUUCCUGGUUCUUUUCUUCGACAGGAUCAGCGCUGCCUUCUGCAACUGGCGAUUGAAAUCGAGUGGACAGCCCUACGCGCUGGAGUACAGCGACAGCCAUCACCACGAGAAACAUGACGGAGACCACGACGUCCCACACGACCCUCUGGUGCCUGACCACCGCAAAUCCGCAGCUUGGAGUAUACGUGAGGAUGCACAGCCGUUGACGGCGGAAACAGCGUAUUACCCGCCGUCAGAACAGUAUGCGCUGGGUCCUGUGAGCUUGCCGCCACCCAUGCAUAGUCCCCCUCCUGUAGUCGGAGGGUAUGAUCUAGCUGAUGGACGGCGGUACGGGGAUGGAUGA